AUGGCCAUAUCUGUGAAAGAGCGUCUCCUGGCAGUUCUGGAUGAUCUCAGCUCUGACGAGCUGAAGAGAUUUAAGUGGCAUCUAACUACAGAACAGCAGCUGGAUGGCUUCCCUCACAUUCCAAAGGGCCGGAUGGAGACAUCUGACGGACUGGACAUAGUGGAUCAGAUGGUGCAGAAAUACAGGGGGAAUGUGGCUGUGCAGAUCACACUGGACAUCCUGAAGAAGAUUAGCCGCAACGAUCUCGCUGAGAAGCUAAACAGAGACUGUCCAAUAGGUCCUUCAGAUGAAGAUGGUGAGAAGUUCCAGCAUGUAUAUAAACUGGAAGUAAAAAAGAAGUUCCAGCAUGUAUUCAACGGGGUACCAAAGCAGGGCCAUAAACAACUUCUCAAUGAGAUCUACACAGAGCUCUACAUCACAGAGGGGGGAAGUGGAGAGGUCAAUCAGGAACAUGAGGUGAGACAGAUCGAGAUCACGUCCAAGAAUCCAGCAAGACCAGAGGCUAAAAUCCUCUGCAAUGACAUCUUCAAACAAUCCUCUGGACAAGACAAACGUAUCAGAACUGUGCUGACAAAGGGAGUCGCUGGCAUUGGAAAAACUGUCUCUGUGCAGAAGUUCAUUCUGGACUGGGCUGAAGGGAAAGCCAAUCAGGAUAUCCAAUUCGUAAUUUCACUCCCUUUUCGGGAGCUGAAUUUGGUGAGGGGGGAAAAGUACAGUUUUGUAGAACUUCUACAUAAAUGUGUCUUAGAGACUGGAGUGAUUGAGAGGGACUUUUUGAAUCACAUUUUAACAAAAUUGCAAAAACCAGGAAACCACAAUGACAGCAAGUACAAAGUUGUAUUUGUCCUUGAUGGUCUGGAUGAGUGCCGACUGACCCUCGACUACGAGACCGGUAAGAGCUGGUGUGAUGUCACAGAGCCAACCUCAGUGGACGUGCUGCUGACAAACCUCAUCAAGGGAAAUCUGCUUCCCUCUGCUCUCCUCUGGAUAACCUCCAGACCUGCAGCAACCAAUCACAUCCCUCCUGAGUGUGUUGAUCAGGUGACAGAGGUACGAGGGUUCAAUGACCCACAGAAGGAGGAGUAUUUCAGGAAGACAUUCAGUGAUGAGGACCUGGCCAACAGAAUCAUCUCACACGUAAAGACAUCAAGGAGCCUCCACAUCAUGUGCCACAUUCCAGUCUUCUGUUGGAUCUUAGCUGCAGUUCUGGAGCAUGUGUUGAGUUCAGAUAAGAAUGAAGAGAUGCCCAAGACUCUGACUCAAUUAUUUAUUGGGUUACUGAUAUUUCAGACCAAACAGAUGAAUGAUAAAUAUCACAAGAAAGGUGAGCGAGAUCCACGCAGGGAUAAAGAGAGCAUCCUGGCACUGGGGAAACUUGCUUUUAACCAGCUGGAAAAUGGCAACCUCAUUUUCUAUGAGGCAGACCUGGAAAAGUAUGGCGUUGAUGUCACCGAAGCCUCAGUGAACUCAGGAGUGUGUACACAGAUCUUUAGACAGGACUAUGGGCCGUACCAGAACAAGGUGUACUGCUUUGUGCAUCUGAGCGUUCAGGAGUUUCUGGCUGCGUUGUAUGUUUUCCUCUCCUUCAACAACAGCAAUGUAAACCCGAUGACCGAAGAUCGAUCCUUCAUCAGAAAAUUUCUAGUGAAGUUGAAUCCUGCCAUCACCUUCCACACGAUUGCAGUGGAUAAAGCCUUACAGAGUGAGAAUGGACACCUGGACCUGUUCCUCCGCUUCCUUCUGGGCCUCUCACUGGAGUCCAAUCAGACUCACUUACACGGCCUACUGACACAGACAAGAAGCACCAGAAGCAGCUCACGGGGCCACGAGGAAACAGUCAAGUACAUCAAGAAGAAGAUCAGGGAGAAUCCCUCUCCAGAGAGGAGCAUCAAUCUGUUCCACUGUCUGAAUGAACUGAAUGACCAUUCUCUAGUGGAGGAGAUCCAAAGCUUCCUGAGAUCAGGAAGUCUCUCAAAACCCAACCUGUCACCUGCACAGUGGUCAGCUCUGGUCUUUGUGUUGCUGACUUCAGAACAGGAGCUGGAUGUGUUUGACCUGAAGAAAUACUCCAGAUCAGAGGAAGGUCUUCUGAGGCUGCUGCCAGUGGUCAAAGCCUCCAGAACUGUUCUGCUUAAUGGCUGUAACCUCACUGAGAAAUGCUGUGAAGCCUUGGCCUCAGCGUUCAGCUCAACCUCCUCAAACCUGAGAGAGCUGGACCUGAGUGACAACAACCUCCAGGAUUCAGGAGUGAAGCUGCUCUCUGCUGGACUGGAGAAUCCACACUGUAAACUGGAGACCCUGAGGUUGUCACGCUGUCUGAUCACAAAGAAAGGCUGUGCUUCUCUGGCCUCAGCUCUGAGGUCCAACCCCUCCUACCUGAGAGAGCUGGACCUGAGCUACAAUAUCCCAGGAGAGUCAGGAGUGAAGCAGCUCUCUGCUGGACUAGAGGAUCCACACUGGAGACUGGAGAAACUCAAUGUUGACCACCGUGUACUGGCUGCUGAAAAAAUAUGCCUGUGAUGUCACACUGGACCCGAACACAGCAUGCAGACACCUCUCUCUGUCAGAGGGGAACAGGAAGGUGACACGGGGGACAGAGAAGCAGCCGUAUCCUGAUCACCCAGAGAGAUUUGAGGACUGGCCACAGGUG